GCCACCCACGUCUCCAGUUGCAGCUGGGAUGUGUUACACUCGUCUCCCGUAACCAUUACUCUAUCUUGUGCUGGAAAAUUCUACUGUUGAGUUGUGUAUUGUGCUGAGUGUAUACCCAGAUACCUGAAACUGGAUCCAGGCUACUGUACUUAUCCCGCCUUAGUGAAACUUAAUCGUAUCUUGAAGUGGCGACAUUCUUGUAUCAUGUGGUGCCUUUAACCUUGUCUGGGGACUAACUUAAGAGGGCAAAGGUCAUUUGUUUGCAUUUCUUCAAAGUGAUAUUCAGAGUAAUUAUUUCUAGUAGCAAUGAAGGAAUAAAUAAAGUCAGCAUCACUGAUUAUUUCGAAAACUUAAUUUUCAAAACAACACGCGUUGAAGAGGGAAACAAGUUGUGCUAAUUGAUUGUUCAUAGAACUGACGGUUACUUGUUUCAUUAAGGAAAAAAUGGAAAACAGAUAAAGAUAUUUAUUAAUUGUUGAAAAGUGUAUGACAAAUGUGAUACAGGAGAAGAGCUGACGCUGGAGGGUUGCCACUCUCUCUCUGUUGACAAGAUGGCGCACCUUAGCAGGAAAAUUCUCGUAGGAGUAAUGGUGUUGGUGAUGACGCUCCGGCGGCGGUGGGCGGCCAUGGGCGUCACUACCUUAUUGUGGGGCGUGGGCGUCCUCUGUAUCUUCAGCUUCUAUCUGGCCUACAUGCAGCCACCGGGCGUACACGUGCUGUGCGAGUGUGGAGGAGAGGUUGAGACGGGUGAGCGUGUGGCCAGGUACCUGCCGGACCUUAUGUCUGAGUCUGACCCCUCCACAAACAGGUACACCACCUCUCUUAAACGUUACCUGAGUUGCUGUUAUGUUAAAUGUUAUGGUGGUAACUUCUUGUCGAGUUUCCACAUUCCUUACACUUGUAUAUUACAGGAAAAACGUCAAAUCAAAGUUAUCUAUUAAAUAAAUUUUCGUUAAUAUUAAAAUUAAUCUGGACCCAUAACAUAAUUGACUUGUAAUCGACUUGUUAUUCUCAUAAGUUGAUUAUGCAAAUUAUUUAGCCUGAAAUAUGACAUCAUAUCUAGACUUUUCAUUUAUCAGAAGGUCAGCCACAACACCUGCAAAUGACUGGCUGCUUUCGAAUAAAUAACACCAGAAGGAUUAAUAAAUCGGGUUACCUGCUAAAAAAACAGUGAGACUUAUUUCCUCUGGAGGUUUUAAAGUCUUCUUUAAACCCAGUUUAUUUUAACUGUGACCUGAACGUUCAUUAGAAUACUGUAGUUGAAUAUGGGAAUCCUCUCCUGAACCUUCACUAAGACUGUAUAAUACUAGGUAAGACUGUUUAAGUGUUGGAAACUGUACCUUUGUGGUGGCCAAGAUCCAAGAACGAUAACGCUACUAAAAAUAAAUUCCUAGUGUUUGUAUUUUUUUUUCAAGAACUUGUCGGCACCAUGAACAUUUAUAAAGAUUAAGUGUAUAUAUCCUGAGACACCUCCACCUCCACGUGUACAUGCACUGUUACUCUCAGUGCACAUAUAAAAAAAAUAUAUAUAUAUACUCGA